CUCGAAAAUUCUCAUUGGCCUAGAUUUAAGCAUCAAACAGUUGAAUUUGGAAACACAGCUCGUAAAGCUUGUGAUAUUUGUGUGAAGAAUCUGACACAGUCAUAAGGCCAGAUAAAUAUUUGGAGACCAUGAUGAAAAGCACCGACAACGUGCCAUUAGUUGAGGAUGGAUGCGACACGCCUAACCCCGUACGCCUCACUAUCUGGCACAAGGUACUGUUCUAUUUGGUCGGCCUGACCGCGGCACUGACCAUUUGCCUGCUCAUACGACUGUCCAAUAAGCUGGCAGCCGAUGCCCAGCACAGGGCGAUGAUGCAUUUCAAAGAGAUCUCCAACCGCAUCGGUCACCGAUUUGAUAAUUAGAGUCCAAUGUGCCACAACAAUUUGCUACUAUUAACAAUUUGUGCAAAUAACGCGCUAACUGAUUAAAUAAUACGGCAAAUUGAGCAAAAGAUUUUAUGUGCAAAUUGAACAACUGGCAAUUAGCAGCAACAGAGGAAAGAUAAAUCGCAUAUGCUAAAAAAUUAAAGACACAAAUUGUUAAAAAA